UAGCAGCAGCAGCAACAGUGUUCUCAUUGUUUAUAUAAGAAGGUCCAUUCCAUCUUCUUUCUAUAUCAAGAACUACAUUGUCCAAUAUAUAUCCUUAUUGAAGAUUGUAAGAUGAGGUUUGAAUGUGAUUGAGCUGUUAUUUUCAGCAUCAUCAUGUCAUGCAGACAAGCUGAUGUGUAAUGGCAUCACUUUACUUCUUAAGCAACAAUACAGAUGAGAAGAACUUUCACUUGUGCUGCUUCUCAUGAUCUCACUAUUAUCAGUGUCCCAAGACAAAAAUAUUGGCACAAGUACCCUUCAUAGGUCCCUAACAUGGGCACCUCUCACGUGUCACCAGUGUGGGUGCCUUGCACACAUCCCCAGCAUGAGUAUCCUUUACACAUCACUGACAUGGGUGUCCCUCACAUUUCACUGGCACAGGUGCUUUUCAUGUAUCACCAGCACAGGUGCCUUUUACAUGUCAGCGGCACUGGCGACAACUACAAUUUCCCUAGGCUUUAUUUGUGAUCUAGGGCCAGAUAGUUGUUGGGUGCUAUACCUUGUCAAAAGGUAGCAUGUGUCUAGUCCAGUGUGGGCAGGUGACUUCCACUCUAGCCGUCAGCCAGCCAAUAUCGUGUGAGUGAAUUUGGUAGAUAGAAACUGUAAGAAGUUUGUUGUGUAUGUAUGCAUGCUUGGCUUGAAUAAAUGUUGCAUUCUGUACAUUUUGCAUGUAAAACCCUUGUAUUAUAGACAUUGAUGGUUGUCGUCCUUUCCCCAUCAAUAAAUUCUUUGCUGGUUCUGUGCUUUCAAAGAUGUGUGGAAUAAUCCACCUGACAAACUUCCACACAGUUCAUGUAUAUCUGAUUUCCCUCACAAGGUUUGGGUUGGCCCAAGGUUGUGAUAAGAGAUACUUGUCUGAGAUGUCAAACAGUGAGUUUGAACCCAGGAACUUGUGAUUGCAAAGUGAACUUCUUAACCAAUUUGGCCAUACUGCAUCUGAAGAACACAGGGGUAUUAAUACUCACAACAGUAAAUCUAAUGGCAUCAACAUUACCAUAGUUCAUAUUUAGUUGUAAGUAAAGGGUAAAGACACCCCCAACCUUUGGUCAUGAAUGACCAUAGGUUUACACCUAGAAAGUUCCCUUCCGAGGCACAAGUCUGAGCAAGAUUGUUUAUGCAAGAACAGCAGUCACCAUUGCAUACCAGUCUCCUCUCUCUGUGCCACUGAUGUUUUCAAGGGAAAGGCAAAAGCUGAUACCACCAGUGACAUUACAACUCAUCUCUACAGACAGCUGAAUGAACUGGAGCGAUGGGAAUUAAAGAAUCUUGCUCAAUAACACAGCACACAGCCCUAUUCAGGAAUCAAACUCACAUUCUCAUGAUUGUAAACCCAAUGCUUUAACCACUGAGCCAUAUACCUUCACAUAUAGUGGUAUCAACAAUUCAACUAAAUAUCAAACAUGUCUGUUUUUACCAUUACACUGCAGUACAGUUCUAUAUUUAAUAGAUGAGGAAUUGUGUACAUUAUUUACAUUUGACAGAUAUUUGUUCUCAUCUUGUUUGUUGUUAACACGUUUCGGCUGAUAUACCCUCCAGCCUUCAUCAGGUGUCUUUGGGAAAAUUUUGAACCUGGGUUCUCAUUCUUAAGGUAUUUUUCGAUGUUAUUAUUAUUAUUGUUGUUGUUGUUGUUGUUGUUGUUCAGGUCACUGCUUGGAAUCGAACUCGGAAUCUUGGGGUUAGUAGUCCGCGCUCUUAACCACUAUGCCAUAUGUCCGUGAUGAAGGCUAGCAGGUAUAUCAGCUGAAACGUUGUGUUAACAACAAACAAGAUGAGGACAAAUAUCUGUCAAAUUAUAAAUAUUACACUGCAGUAUUUUCUAGUAGCACAGGGAGAUGUAUUGUAGUGUUGUAUGGUGCUAGAUUAUGUGAUAUAAUGUGGUUCUGUGUUGUAGUACAUACAGGAUAUUUGGGCUAAAUUUGACAGUUUGCAUAAAAGGAAAAGUAAACAAUAUCUCAUCCAAAAAUAAAAGUAUUGUAGCCAUCUUCAGCAUCCACCAAUGGCCUCAAGAUGGUUCUGGAACCUGAUACAUGCAUUCUUCUUUGUGUCCCCAGGAUGGUCUUAGAACACUUCCUUGAUCUUCAACACUGGCUCACCCUUAAUGUUGCAGGCAGAGCGGUUGGUGUCUUUCUCAACCAUGCCCUACACAAAGUAAUCCAUGGGAUUACAAAUGGAGGAAUUAAAAGGUCAAAAAUCAGGACUGGUGAUGUCGUAGAAAUCCUCUGACAACCACUUCUGGUAUGGCAAGGAUCCAAAUCCUGCUGCCACACAUAGCUUUCCAGCAGCAACUCAUUCCAGUGAAGGUUUGACCGCAGUCUGCACCAGUUUCACAUAGCUGUCUGAAUUAAACCUAAGGCCCUGUUCAGAGAUGAGGGAUGGUAUGAUGUCACCCUCACUGGUAAGAUACCCAAAGACCAUCACAGUUCUGGGAGAACUUGGUUUUCAUGAUGUCCAUGUCCUAUCUUACAGCCUUUACUGUGUUCAUAGAACAUACAGCAGUCAUGACACAAAUCAUCAUGAUACAGAAUGUCAUCCGUUAUGGUGCGGCAUUUCUUCUUUAUUUCAUAAUGCUGUUCUUCUGGAAGUGGAAUCGUAAACUCAAGCCAACAUUUGUCACCCUGAUAUGCAUUGGCGUUCUGCUUUUGUUACGUAACUUGGCAUUUGACAACAGCAUCUACAAGAGCAUUACUCUACAGCAGAAAAAAGAAUACCAGUUAUUCUCAUCUUUCUAUCGAAUACGAGAUAGGUUUAAGAAUCCAUUUCAGAGAUCUGCACUUCGGCUAAAUGACCUUGUUGUUUCCACCUUACCAAAUAAGACUGUUCAAUCAAAGAACAUUGUCUGCCAACAUCCAAAACUGGAUUUGCAGAGUGACACAAACAAAAAUGCCUUCUAUGAUGUUGGAUCUAUUCAAUGUUUUGGUUCUGAGAUUUUCAGUAUGGAAAAUGGUAAGUUAAAAAUGGACAGCGCUUUACUUCAUGGAGACCGUAUCAAGCAGUGCACAUAUCAGGCUAUAGAACGCAUUGAUGACAACUAUGCAACUUAUACUGCACCCAUUGGUGGUGAUGAUGUCAACUAUCCUUUCAACAUUAUUGUACAGCAUGAUUUCAUCAGAGUUCAAUGCUUCCUUGAAACAAAGGAUAUAGUCUUAGAUUCUACAAGACAUCUGUUAUCUCUCUCUUCUAGACAAAAAAGUAAUGUUAACUCUGAAGAUAAACUUCAUUACAAAAAACUGGUAUUAAAUGCUAACAGAAUUUUGAGAUAUAGAGAUGUUGCAGACCAAUCUGAAACCACAAAAGUGUCAAAGAUUACCAAAGGUGAUAAAGAUAUGAGAAAAAGACCUUUCACAGACAGAGAAGUUCGGAAAGGUAGCCUUUUGAAUAAUGCUUUAAAAUUUCAGAGAAAUAAUCCUCGAAAGCUAGGCAACAAAAUGGUACGUUCCUCUUUUAAAACAAGUGAUGUUAAUUUUGAUCCAAUGAUGAAAUAUGGUGUGAAAGCUCUCAGGCAAUACCAAAAUAGAAAUAAGCCUAGUCUAUUACUAUCUACCAAUCAAAGAAGUAAAAGGAACAACUACAAAAAAUUAGGAAGUUUUCCAUCAGGGAAAGUAAAUAAUUUAACAUCAGAUAUAUCUUUAAAAGUAGCUUUUAAAUCCUCUAAUAAGAGUUAUAAAAACAACCCUAUUGCUUCUAUGAAGUCUAAAUUUACGGAUAAAUUCCGACACAGUCUCAAUUCUGUUUUCAACGGUGCUUUAUAUCAAGACAAAAAUGGUUCACUUUUAGCCAAUAUCACUGCACAAAAUGUGAAGAAAAUUAUUCAUCAAAAUGCCCAUUCUUCACUUAAACUGCCAAGCAAUAUAAAUAUAUUUAAUUCAAAUAGUUCAGGAAAGUAUAAAAGAAUUCCAAAGAAACUUACAUAUCCAAGCAAUAAUCUUUUUGUACAAAACCAACAAAACAAUCAUUCCAAAGGCAUCAGCCGAUUUCUCAAAACUCCGGAUGUUGUUAAAUCUUUACAGAUUGACAAGAAAAAUCACAAUGAUCCAUGGAAAAGAAGCAACAGGAUUAUUACGAAAACUAAACAGAAACAUCUGCUCUCAAAGAAGAGAUCUAUAAAUGACAUAAUUUCUUCUUCAAAUGGUUCUAUCUUGCCAAAAUCUAAACCUUCAGACAGUUCUGCCAACCAUCAGUCUUUACCCCAAAGUAGUGAAUCAGAAAUUCCUCAACUGAUGCUCCUCCCCACUAUUUCCAAAUUGAAUUCUUUGAUCUACCCAGAAAACCAAAUUCAAGUCGAAGCCAAACCCAAACCCAAAUCCCAAGAAAAAGAUGUAGUAAAUGUAAAAUUUUUGAAUUCUUCUCCAAUGAAAUCUAGAAGCCAGUCUCAUCCAAAUAUCAAAGCAGUUCACAAUCAACUUAGCUCACACCCAAUGAUCCAAAUACUGAGACCAAAAGAUACUUAUAAAAGAUUCCCAUAUACAACAAAAUCUAAAAUCCUGCCAAAUAAUCUUCAGAUUGUUCCACCAAAACUUGAGAAACCUAAAAGAAAAACUGAGAAGGAAAAGAAAUCACACAUUUUCCAUAACUUCGAUAUUGAAGAUAUGACUGAUACCUUAUACUACGAUAAUUCCAAAGAAACCUACUUAAAUCUUCCACCCGAACAAUAUGGUAUUUACAACCAGCUUCCAGAUAUUGAACAGUUCUUUGUUCAAAUCUAUCCAAAACCUGAGGUAUUUCAACGGAUUUCAGACAUCCCUCAGUUUGUGCAUUUGAACACAAUUCCUCUGAAUAUUCUCAUCUAUGGACUUGAUUCCUUAUCUCACUUGUCUUUCCAACGUAAACUACCGUUGUCUUAUAAACAUCUGAAAGAAUCUCUUGGAGCCAUCAUAAUGAAUGGUUACAAUAUUGUUGGAGAUGCUACAGCUGCUGCUAUAAUUCCAUUGCUCACUGGAAGAACAGAAACUGAAUUACCUGAAGUCCGUAAGAACCAACUUACUUCAGGAUUUGUUGAUGAUUAUCCUCUGGUAUGGAAUAAGUUCCGUUCGAAAGGCUAUGUCACGUUAUUUGCUGAAGACUGCCCUAGUCUUGGUGUAUUCAAUCUACGUUUCAAUGGUUUCUACAAUGCACCGACUGACCAUUAUAUGCGACCCUUCUGGCAAGCCAUCAGUGAAUCUGUGCUUGAUGAAAGCAGCAUCAACUUCUGUCUUGGCUCCAAACCAAAGCAUCAGUUCACUUUGGAUUAUCUCAAAGACUUUUUCCAGAAGUAUGCUAAUGUAUCCAAGUUCGCAUUUGCUUUCCACGGAGAACUGUCUCACAACGACAACAAUCCUAUCCAGUACCUGGACAAGGACCUGCUGGCAUUCUUUCAAUCCAUGGAGAAGGGAAACUACUUAAACAACACCUUGUUGAUAGUUAUGAGUGAUCAUGGGGCAAGAUAUGGCAGUGUACGCAACACAGUCCAAGGCAAGCUGGAAGAACGCCUGCCUUUCAUGUCAUUCGUGUUCCCCAAGUGGUUUCAGUUGAAAUACUCGUAUUUUAUGAAGAAUCUGAAGAGCAAUCAGGAGAGACUAGUGACACCAUUUGACGUGCAUGAGACAAUGCUGGACAUACUCGACUCUACUCGUAUGUUCGAACCUGUUGAUUACUCGACUCGUGGUCUCAGUCUCUUGCAGCCAAUCCCACUUAAUCGAACAUGCAAAUCUGCUGGCAUUGCUAUGCACUGGUGUAGCUGCCUGUCAAGAUACCCUGUUGAUCCUUCUACUCAGCUUGUACAUUCAUCAAUGCAGAAAGUUAUGUCCUACAUUAGGACACUUCUGUUGCCUGUGAAACACUUGUGUGGUCAACUUUCACUGAAAAAAAUAUUCUCUGUCUAUCUAGUAUCUCCGAAUGAGAAGGUUUGUACUGUAACAUUUAAAUAUAUCUCCUUAGAAACUUGUUUGUACUUUACAGUUAGGUGUAAACAUAUUUUAUACAAUGGCCUUUAUGAAGCCAGCGUAAAGGUCAACCUUGAAACCCAAAAUUUCCAAGUUUUCCCUGAAAUCAGCCGUCUCAACAAAUAUGGCGAUCAACCAAACUGUAUCAGCGAGAAAUUCCCAGAUCUUCGAAAAUAUUGCUAUUGUAUGAAUGUUUGAGAAACAGUGGUGCUGGUGAUGGUGGUGUGAUGACCCCCCCCCCCAGGGCAAAGUGCAGUGGACUGAUCACUACAUUCUUUCUGUUCCAUUUUACCAUCAUUGAUAUUACUAUCAUCAUCAUCAUCAUGUUAUUCAUUUCUUUAAAAAAUCCAAUGGUCUGUGUAAAUAUUAUUACCAUUAUUUAUUAUUAAGGCAGCGAGGUAGCAGAAUCAUCAGCACACCAGGCAAAAUGCUUAGCGCUAUUUCGUCUGUUACGGUAUUUCUGAGUUCGAAUUCUGCCGAGGUCAACUUUACCUUUCAUCUUUUUGGGGUCUAUAAAAUAAGUACCAGUUAAGUACUGGUGUUAAUGUAAUCAACUAGCCCUAUCUCUGAGAAUUCCAAGCCUUAUACCUAUAGUAGAAAGGAUUGUUAUUAUUAUUAAUAUGGUGGCAGGCUGGUAGAAUCGUUAGCAAGCCAGGCAUUUUGUCUGUCUUUACGUUCUGAGUUCAAAAUUCACCAGGGUCAACUUUACCUUUCGUGUUUUGGGGGUCGAUAAAAUAAGUACCAGUUGAGUACUGGGGUUGGUAUUAUUAUUAUUAUUAUUAUUAUUAAGGUGGUGAGUGGGCAGAAUAUGUACCACUUGAACAUUGGGGUCAAUAUCAUCAACUUGCUCCCUCCCCUGAAUCUCCUGGCCUUGUGCAAAAAAUUUGAAAUCAUCAUCAUCAUCAUUAUUAUUAUUAUUAUUAUUAUUAAGGAAGCGAGCUGGCAGAAUUAUUAGCUUGCUAGGUGAGAUGUUUAGCGGUAUUUUGUCUGUCUUCACAGUCUAAGUUCAAAUUCCACCAUGUCAACUUUGCCUUUCAUCCUUUCAGGGUCGAUAAAUUAAAUCUUUCUAUUUGUUUACAGCUUUUGUUGUUUGCUCUUUUUUUCCGUAGUUGUCAGGUUCUAUGGCCUCCUUCUUGUAUUUUUUGGCUUCCUUGAAAGCAGAAAAAAGUUUCUGUUUUGCUCAUGCUUUGCAGCUUUUUGUACCAGUUUUCCUUGGUUCUGAGUUAGAUAUUUCUGUAAUCCUAUGGUGGAUAUUUUAUAGUAGUUUUUCUACCUUCAAUUCAUUGUAUAUAUAACCUUUCUAUGUCAGAUUUUAGGUGGCAUAUUUUAAAUUCUGUCAUUUUUCUUUUCUUAUUUUCUUGUCUAGUUUGGUUAAUUCAUUUAGUAUCCAGUUAAGAAUAUUAUAACUGUAAUUUAUAACUGGGACAGCUAGAAUAUUGAUGCCUAUUACCUUGUUUUUCACAUUGUACUCUAUUUUAAGUAUUAAUCUAACUUGUCUAUAGUAUUUCUUCCUUAUCUUCUCUUUCAUUUGUGUGUUGUACCAUAUCUAGUUCAUUGGUUCCUUAGUAUUUGUAUGUCUGAGUUUGGUCUAGUUCUCUUAUUUCAUUUUCUUUACCUAGUGUGAUAUUGUUACUCUUAACUAGAUUUCCUCUUUACAAGGUUGCUUUGGUACAUUUUUCUAAGCUGAAUUUAAUAUUUAUUUGUUUGGUAAAUCUAUAUUCUGUCUGUGAUAAUGUUUUCAGUUGUUUGUCAUUUACAACAUACAGUUUUAGAUCAUCCGUAUACAAGAGUUGGUUGAUUGUUUUACCAUAGCAGUUGUAUCCACAUCCUGUUCUGUCUAGCAUGUUAGUUAAAGGUGUCAGUUCCAGACAGAAAAGAAGGUGGAGUGAGUGAGUCUUCUUUGAAUAUUCCUCUUCUAAUGGAAAUGGCUUUAGUUUUAUGAUUCCUUCUUAUGUCUGUAGCUGUAGAACUGUUUGCCAUUUAUUCAUGGCAUCAUCACCAUCAUACAUCCAUUUUCCAUGCUGGGUUGGGUUGGAUGGUUUGACAGGAGCUGGUCAGCUGUCCAUGCUCCAGUUGUCUGAUUUUGGCAUGGUUUCUUUGGCUGGAUGCCCUUCCUAAUCAGAGGGAGACUAAUUGCAGGUGGCAAGCGUAGCUCCCAGAAGUGGUCACAUGGUCAAACUCAAAUGGCUGUGAGUCACAACAGUUAGCAGUUUGUUUUUUUGUAUGAACAUUUUGCAUUAUAUAAUUCAGACAUGGAUGAUAUAGAAAGCAGACAUGCUGCUAGGCCAUGCUGCAUUGCGCAGGAUUGAAAGCGUGAAGCAUCCUGGAGAAUAGAAGAAUGGGUUUGUUGUGCUUUUACCCAACUGGUCCGGCAGUGCAUGGGAUGGUAACAUGAAGCAUCAACAAGGUGCUUCAUGUUACCAUUUUAACGUCCACUUUCCAUGCUAGCAUGGGUUAGACAAUUUGACUGAGGACUGGUGAAACCAGAUGGCUACACCAGGCUCCAAUCUGAUUUGGCAGAGUUUCUUGUUAUUUUAUAUUUCUGUAGUAUUAUUUUUCUUUCUUGUUACUUAGUAGUGUUGUCUGGUUACUUUGGUUAAUUAAAGAUUGACAAAUCCUUUUAUUUUAUUAUUUUUUUUUUCUAGAUAUUAGUUUUCCAUACCAUCUGUUCAGGUUGUGAUACUCCUAUUUGGAUGGAUUUGAGGGAUUAUCCACUUUCCUUUGAGGCUACAGAGGCUGUCACAUAUAUUGUUUCAUUUAGUCUGGUCAUAACGACAUUUGCUUCUGUUGCAUUUGCGAUGACCAUAUUUGUUUUUCAUUGUUUUUGCUGUCUAUUUUUUGGGGGAGGUACAGUCAGUGGUCAAUGCUGAGUUCUUUUCUUUGAUUACACACAUUUUUAAAGUAUCAUAAUCGUGGUUUCUGAAUUCAUUGUUUCCAGUUUUUAGGUUUGCUCCACGUUCCUUUCCAUUUAUAUUUUUGUUUGUGAUGCUCUGAUCUAGUGGGAGGCAGCACUUCCCUUCUGUACCCUCACUUUAUUUUCAAGUGGAACUUGAAAAAGUUGAUGAGGGUUUGGCCAAAGUGUUUGUCUUCAGCCCUUCCAACUUGGCCCACCCCCACAACCUCUUUCACUUAGGCCAUCAGACAAAGAAACACUGCCAGCCCUUCACGGCCAAAGGAAGGCAGCAGGUGAUCUUCACAAUGGACUCGGCCAAUAGCCAGAUUCAUCCUACACAUGACAGCAGGUGUUCAACAUAAACCCACAAGUCAACAAUGCUCAGGCACGGCACAAGGAUGUGCAGAACAGAUUUGUUCCUUCACAUGCAUCUCAGGCACGCCUGGCUGUUUGCACUUCAAUGCCUGUAGAAUUCAUGCUGAACCGGCAUUGCACCUUGAUAGCACUGCUAGGCCGGGAAUUUGUGGAAAUACCUAUAGGCGAGGGGAGGAGGGACACACACCCAAUAUCAGCACUGGCCCAACAUAGGUACCUUUCCCCUAUAUAAGUGUUCCAUCAGUUCUUUAUUGUUCAUGUUUAUUGCUGUGUAGUUCAUAAUGUUAGAGUUUUGUUGAAAUUGAGAUGUGUGAAUUGGGUUGUGAUGGUGGUAGUGGUGGUGGCGAUGGGUAUGAUGUUGGUGGUAUUGGUGUGGCUGCUGUUGGGGGUUAGUAUUUGUGUAUUGUCCCCAAAGGUGUCUCCCCACUCUGACCAUACCUGCCAGAUUUUUGUAUUGAUGUUGGUGUGUUUUUCUUUCUCUUUUGUGAAACCUGCUGACAUUUUGCCAUUUGGGCUCUUCAUCAUCUCUCUCACUGCAGGAAUUGUCUGACUGCUCUGAACAUGGAAGAGACAUGCCUUGUGGAGCUUUUUACUGUUGUCUGGUAUGUGAAAGCCAUAGAUGUUGGUGAAUUCUCUAUUGUGAUUGCUGCUGCUGCUAUAAUUGCUGUUUUUGCAGCUCUUUCUAGCCUUCUUGCCUUUGCAGAUAUACAUCUGUAUAAGAUUGUUUGUCUUCUUGUUACUUCUUACUCUUCUGAUGUUUUAAGGUGGACUGUUCUGCCAGUCCUGGUUAGGUGCAUUUUAGCUCUUACCAAUUCCUUUUCUGAUAUCUCUACCUCUUCUGUCUUUCUACAUAUCUGUCUGAACUCACUGUGUUUCAGCUUAGAAAAAGCAACUCUCAUUGUUGCUUUACUAAUUUUAUAAGUGUUUCAUAUGGUACUGGAUGUCAUACUUGCAUCAUUUCCAAAUUUAUCUUGGUCAUUGCUGCUGUCUUUGCUCUGCCUCUCAACCACAUUAAUUAGUGGAGGGAACAAAAUGUCAAAAUGGCUGUUCCAAGAACUGUCAGUCCCCUCAAUUUGGAAAACCAUAUUGAAUUUUUAUUUUUAGAAUAUAAAGUUUUUUUUUUUUUAAACUCAAAAUUUGCCCUUAAAGGGCAAGUUCUCGACACCCCAGCUAGUGCUGCUUACCGUGAGCAGGGUUAUGUACUCAACAGUUCAACAAAAUUUGGAAAAGCAAACAAUAAGACAAAUUUUAAGGAAAACUUAGAGCUCCAAACACAUGGCCACCAGAUCCAGAUACAAAUAUUACAAUGAUAUAAUAAUGAUAAUAUUAAUGAUAAUGGAAAGAAGGGUAGAAAAAUUAUGGGACAGCAUAUUUCUUGAACGAUAUGUAUAUAAAAUAUAAAGAAAAUAUUUCUUCCAGAAAUAAAGUAAAAUAUUUACAAA